AUGGCGCAAAUAUUUCCUCCCCCGCCCUCCCAGGGUCAUCAUUUUCCUCCACCCUCAAGAUCUGCAACUCUUCCUAUUCUCCCAUCAGCCUCAUCCGGAUUCCCUCCUCCACCUCAACCUUCCUCUCCUGGCUUUCCCCCUCCACCGCUGGCUUCUCCUGGUUUUGCUCCUGCACCAUUAGCUUCACAAGACUUCCCUCCUCCAAAUCAUACCUACCCUCCUCCUCCAAAUCAACAAAGUCAAUUCCCGCCGCCCCCGAGUAGUCGCCCUUCUACAACAAGUCCAACCCCGGCUAAUGGCGAUGGUACCGAUACAAAUCAAGCGUCAUCCCUGAAUAGUCGUCCGUCUACAACAAGCCCACCCCCACCUCCUACUAACGGCGACGGAACCAAUGUCUACCAAGCACCAGUCCCGAGCAGUCUUCCUUUUACAUUCAGUCCACCUCCUACUAGUGGCAGCGGCGGCGAGGCCUCUCAAACGCCGGCCUCAAAUAGACGCCCUUCCACUAUCAGUCCUCCGCCUACAUUCAGUCCGCCUCCUGCUAAUGCUGGUAGUGGUACCGAGGUCUAUCAAGCGCCAGUGCCAAGCAGGGAUGUUUCUACAACAAGUCAGCAGCCAUUUGCUUUUGGUCCUCCGCCUACAUUCAGUCCGCCACCUCCAUUUGAAAUCAAUGCUGGUAGCGCCGCUGCCCACCAAGCGGCUAUGGCGGCGGCAGCACAGGAACAGAAGCUGCCAUUGUCGCCUCCGCCCACAGCCCAAUUCGGGGUGAAGAGGUUGACUAAUGGUGCUCCGGCUCCCGGCCAAUUUAAAGGCGCACAUGCCACGAAUGCAGAUGACGUUGGGACGUUUAACGGUGGAAGUUACAGAAUCAGUCAUCGGACUGUCAAUUCGGUGCUCACAAUUCAGUUGGCAAUUGGGGCGCCAGUACUUGCCAGACCUGGUGCUAUGAUCUCGAUGUCUACUAGCAUGUCACUCAAAGGAACAUUCAGGUUCUCAUUGAAAAAAUGGCUAUUCGGGGCUGAAAUGGCCUACUCGACAUUCACUGGGCCCGGGGAGCUCUUACUUGCGCCACCCAUGCUAGGUGAUAUAACAGUCUUGCGGCUGAAAGAUGAUACGGAUACCUGGAAAAUUGGCCGUGAUGCAUAUCUUGCUUGCACAAUGUCUGUCAAGAAGACUUAUGGCGGCCAGGGUCUUUCCAAGGCUGUCUUAUCUGGUGAGGGCUUGAUCAUCGCCACCAUGACAGGCCCUGGAUUAGUAUGGGUACAGAGCUUUGGUGCUAUAAUAAAAAAAGAUCUUGUUGAAGGCGAAAGCUACUAUGUCGAUAAUGGGUAUCUGGUUGCGUGGAAUUGCAAAUAUGAGAUGGAACGUGUUGCUUCUGGUGGUAUCAUUUCGGCACUCAGCGCUGGUGAAGGGGUGGCCUGCCGAUUCAACGGUCCAGGGACUGUCUACAUGCAGACGAGGAACGUGAAAGCUUUCAAUGCACACUUGGGUGUAAGUAGUGCAAGAGGAUAA